AUGUACUUCCCCUCGCCUCUGCCGACGACGCGGCUGUCCAUAUCGACGUCUGAAGUACCCGUCGGACCGUCGCCAUCAGCGAAGACAUCGGUCUACAAGACGCCAGGCCGCCCUUCAAAGGGCAAGUUCAAGGACUCGCUUGGAGGCGUGCAGGAGGAAGAGGGCGAGGAGAUCCUCAGCAUCGUUCGUGGACCGGAAGUCGGAGAUGGCGAGAAUGCGGGAGCGAGCCCGCAGACGCUCUGGGUUGCACUCGGGCGGGAGGAAGUGAGCGUCUGGAGCAUCCGCCCCAAGGUCGUGCUCGCAAAGCUGCGCCGAACGCCCAUCUCGCUGCGGACGCACGGCUCGAACGCCGCCGUUCACUUCCACGGUCCCUCUCGCCUCGUUGUCACGACUUCCUCAGGCCACCACCUGCUCUACUCAUUUUCGCCGGUCGUCACGAAUCCCAACAGAAAGGGAGCAAACGACGUCUAUGUCCUGCCUGGCGGAGAAAAGGCGGCGCAGGCGUGGCCGAAGGGACCGGGCGAAGGACAAGCGCUCGAGGGCAUCGUGUUGCGCGGCGAAGGCGAGCGAGGAAUGGCUAUUGGCGACGGCGUGGGCUGCGUCUGCGUCACGCCCUCCGACCUCCUCGUCGCUGUUCAAGACCCGCCCUCUCUCCGCGUCAUCCCCUUUCCGAACAUCUCAUCCGAAGCAUCAGCUUCGACGUCGCGCCUCCCUACCUUCGGUCGACCAGCACCACCUCCAGUUCAGCGAAGAGGCUCAGGUUGGGACAGCCUGCCCGCGGGACUGGCGGGUGAAGGCGAGUCUGAAGCGGUCGUCCUCGACGAGUGGGACUGGCUCGUCGGACGAGACAGAAAAGAUGUCAGCAUCUCCACCCUGACCCCGCUGUCCGACUCUUCAUCCGCCUCAAACGCCGCGCCACUUCCGCCUUACCGCACCCUCUCUCGUCAGUCAUCCUAUGCCUCGCUUUCGUCAUACUCGCUUCAUCCACCCGCCACGCCUCGACACGCCACGACCUUCAUCAUGACAACCUCGGACGGUCGCGCCUACAUCGUCCGAUGGGCACCUCCAGCCCCUUCACACGACGCUGCCACCCCUUUGUAUACGCCGGCAGGCGCAUCGACCGCUUCCCUACUUUCGCCUCUCUCGCCGACCGACGAAAGCGGACCCAACCUCGCCGCAAAUCGCUGGACGUGGACAGGCCUCUGCUUUCAUCCGGCUGCUCCUGGCGAGCGAGGCAGUGAGGAAUGGGUCGCAGCACAGGAGAAGGAGCUGGAUAAAGGGAAAGGCGCGAGUGCGGUGGAUUUGAACGAGCAGAUGGGCCUGGUCACCGUUGGCUGCGAAGACGGCACCAUCGCGGUUUACUCGCUCGAGCCCCCGCCCGGUCAAGUUCGGCGAUCGAAACGCAGCGACCGAUUUUCCGUCCCGACCCUCUCGCACACAUCCUCUCUUCGCGACUCGCUCAACACGACUGCUAGUGCAUUAGCGACCGGUCGCGUCCAGACUUCCGAUGGUUACGGGCUUGCGUGCGGUUGGUCGCUUGGGUGGUCUGUCUGGUCGGUCUAUGGCCGACUGGGCUCGUGGAGCGUCGCUGGCUCCCUCGACGGCGGAGGGUACGGCGUCGAAGGCGAGAAGAGCGAUAGCUUCGAGGAUGGGUUCAUGAUGGGUGUCCGGGCUCUUUUCUGGAGUCCCGGCAACACCGAACUCUUCGUCCUCUGCCCGCCACCAGUUCACCCGAAGCGGAAACCGCACGACGAGCAGCUCUUCGUCGUUCCUUUCGCCAAGAGCGCGGUUACGGCUGCGCAUACUCCGGACAACACGAAGAAUGCCUUCCUGCAGAUGGACGACCGAGUGCUCGUGUACCGAGGAGCAGAUCAGCCGGACAUGAGCGUCAUCAACCCGGAGUCGGACGUCUGGCAGCACAUCAAAAUCCCGGCGCCCUACAUCGCUACGCAGUACCCGAUCCGCUACGCUGUCAUCUCCUCCGAUGCUCGCCUCAUCGCCGUUGCCGGUCAGCGAGGCUUGACGCACUACAAUGCGUUGAGCGGUCGGUGGAAGCUGUUCGAGAUGGAGAAGGAAGAAGAGGCAAUCAAGAUUGUUGGCGGCAUGGCUUGGUGGGGGAACGUUCUCAUCGUUGGCUGUCUCGAGGGUGGGCAAUAUCAACUUCGCCUCUUCUCACGCGACAAGCCUCUCACCCUUGCCGACUCGCUCGAGAUCGUCCCUCUCGACUCCGAACCGCUCGUCCUCUCCGUCUUCGACUCCUCCCUCCUUGUCUACACCGCCGACAAUACCUUCCACCACUUCCUCAUCCGACAUGUGCGAGGCUCGACGCCGAGACUGCGAGUCUGCGGCAGCAUCGGGUUCGAAGGCGUCGUUGCCGAUCCGAGGAAGGUCAGGGGCUUGAGCUGGCUCGUUCCUAAGUCACAACAGCGCUUCGGAGAUCCCGCAGACGACCUCAACGUCGCGACCAUCAUUUUCCUGAUCUCCGGUCGCCUCGUCCUCCUGCGACCUCGCCGAGCCGCUUCCGAGGAAGUCAAGUACGACCUGCAGAUCCUCGCCGACCAGGUCGAGUUCUACUGGACGCACCUGAGCGGCAUCGGAACUCUCGAGAACUCGCUGUGGGCGUGGGAUGGUCACAAGAUCCGCAUUUGGCUCGAUGCGCUGACGAUCGAGAAGGUGCGGGUCGAUGCGCGGAGAGAUGCAUACGAGACGGUCAAGGAGAGCGUCGGGAUCUCGCUCGACUUUUACCCGCUGGCCGUCCUCAUGGACAAGGGCAUCAUCGUCGGCGUCGACCAGGAGACGUCCCUGCGAAGAUCGCUCGACUUUGCCAUCUUCCGCAUCAUCACCACUACCCACCUCUUCAUUCACCACAUCCUCCGCUUCCACCUCGACCGCUCCCAACCACGGGAAGCGGUUCUUUUCGCCUCCUUCUACCAGCACCUCGUCUACUUCGCACACGCACUGGAGAUCCUCCUGCACGACGUGCUAGAGGACGAAGCCGAUGCGCAGAAGGACACGCAGUCGAACUCGCUCGUUCUGCCGCGCGUUAUCGAUUUCCUCGACCACUUCGAUGAAUGCCUGCAAGUCGUCGUCAACUGCGCGCGAAAGACGGAGGUCACGCGGUGGGAGUUCCUCUUCGAUAUCGUCGGCAAGCCUCGCGACUUGUUUGAGAAAUGUAUCACUUCCGGCUUUCUCAAGGUCGCGGCGUCCUACCUUCUCGUCCUGCACAACCUCGAGCCCCUCGAGCAGAGUAGCAAGGAUACGGUGCGGCUACUCAAGACGGCGAUGGACGCAGGCGAAUGGACGCUCUGCCGAGAACUGCUACGCUUCCUGUACUCGCUCGACCGCACCGGCGCCAUUCUGCGAACGGCUCUGCAAGAAAGCAACGCCUUGCCGUCCGACUACUUGCCCGCCGUCACUGGCUACGAGCCGCCAGAAACGGACGACUUCCGCCGCGCCCUCGCCCUCUCAUCUUCGCCGCCAACUCGCCUGUCCUUCUCGGCCUCCUCGCAGGGUCGAAGAAGCGAAGAAAGGGCGGUACCGCCGACUGGUCGACUGGGAGGACUCGGCGUCGGAGGGUUGGAAGAGAGGGGGAUGCCUAGCGGUGCUGAGGGCGGUGGGAGGAGCAGGAUGGUGUAG